UGUGCUGUAAUUGUACUUUAGGGCGAAGGUCUCGUAGACAACACGAGGGUAGGGUAGGGUAAUCACUCUGUUGGACACAUCUAUCACUGCUAGCACACGUGUGUCGAGCAGUCUAGCUGCGGUGGGACAGCAGCCUGCUUAGAACGCCGUGUGUAGCAUUCGACCAUUCGACUGCAUUCAGCUCCCACACGUCCACUCUCGUAGAUCCUCGUCACUAAUAGUGCACCUUUCCGUUGUACUACUAGACGGUGUGUAUUUCUCCUGCUUUGUGUCUGUCCUUUGUUCACAGCCGUUGAUGCUGAGAGGACAGCGCACCGUGUGUUACAUCACGCAGGGCUCGAAUUUCACGCGUUUCUCUCCAGGCAGAAACACGAGGGGAGGCUGACAGCUGGGAUGCUUUAUUUGCUCGCGAGCUCGGCUAUCGGAGCGCACUUCUGAGGGACGCUUUCAAAGGAGUGGGGUCCGCUCUGUGAAGCAGACCGCUGCCACCAGCAGAUUUUCCGCAUCUGGAGAAACAGUUACAAAUAUUACCCUACAUCGACGGAUUUUAUCGCCUGUUUGGCCGCUCGAAUUUUCACUUGGGAGUUGAGAGCUCCACAAUGAGCGCAAGGUGACCUGCAAGCACCCUGUCACAGGCUCUCCCUCUCAAGACAACUGCAUCUUUGUCGUCAACGAACAGCCCGCACCCAAACCGCCAGCGAAUGAGAAGAAGGACCGGCCGCUGAGCACCAUGAGCGAAACGUCCAACUACACCGGUGGCUCGGGCGACUAUGCCACGUAUCCCAGCAGCCCUGCAGGCACGCGACCAUCAAGACCCUCUAAAAAAAUUCAUAAUUUUGGAAAGAGGUCAAACUCCAUAAAGAGAAACCCCAAUGCUCCAGUUACUAAAAGUAACUGGCUUUACAAACAGGACAGCACAGGGAUGAAGCUGUGGAAGAAGAGGUGGUUCGUGCUGUCUGACAUGUGCCUCUUCUACUACAGAGAUGAGAAGGAAGAAGGGAUCCUCGGCAGCAUUCUUCUGCCCAGUUUUCAUAUUUCUCUGCUGUCUGUGGAUGACCACAUCAACAGAAAGUACGCUUUCAAGGCUGCACACCCAAAUAUGCGCACCUACUACUUCUGCACCGACACGGCCAAAGACAUGGAGUCCUGGAUGAAGGUGAUGAACGACGCGACACUGGUGCACGCCAACCUAAUCAAGAGACUGGACCGGCUGAAAGUGGAGCAGUGCGGCCCACAGGACGUGCUGAACAACGGACCCAACCACCACCACCCCCCACAGCAACCCCAGCCCCAGCAGCAGCCCCAGCAGCAGCAGCAGCAGCAGCAGCAGCAACAACAGCAGCAGCAGCCUGAGCAGCCCCCUUCCCAGCCACAGUGCGCAGACCAAGUGAGUGACAGCGGGAGCCUCGAGCGAGAGCGUCCUCCGCUGGAGGAGGACCAGCGACACCACGACGCUGAGCGCUACGGCUUCCAGACGGACGGCGGUGACCGGGAUCGGCCACUUACCAAGAUCACCGGCGCACGCAUGCAGUACCAGCAGCCGGCCAACGGGGGACCCAACCAGACCCUCCAGUACAGUCCGGCCCAGCUCAACGGCACCGGUGUGGCAGAACGGGGUAGCCCUGGAGAAGAACUGGGCAACGGGCCCUCCCAGAGAGCGGGCGCCCAGACGCCCGUGCCCGAGCCCCAGAAGGCCCUGCAGAGGACCAACUCCAUGCAGCAGCUGGAACAGUGGGUCCGCUCGCAGAGAGGGCGUGGCCAGGACGACGACACCAGGAGCAUCUCCUCCUACCAGACGCUGCCCAGGAACAUGCCGAGCCACCGGCCGCCGGUGGCGAUGCCCCUCUACGCCGACGGCUACCGCACGCUCCCGCGCAACAGCCUGGCGCGGCCCGACAGCGUGUGCAGCAUCUCGCCCUCGCUCUACGACCGCGUGCUGGGCCCCGCGCCUCACUCCGCCCCCGGGGGCAUGGAGAAGCGACGCUCCAUGCGUGACGACACCAUGUGGCAGCUGCACGAGUGGCAGCAGCGGCAGGCCUACACCCGGCCGCCGCACCAGCGGAUGCCGCCGCACCAGCCUUACGGCGCCAUGCCCAGUCCCAAGACCAUGAUCAACCUGUCCGAGCACACCGGGCCCUUCAUCCCGCCCUCGCCGUCCCACGGCUCGCUCUACCAGGCUGGCUACUCGCCGCUGCACGGCUACCACGGAGGCAGCUCGCGCUCCGAGCUCUCUUCGCCCGUCUACGCCCGCGGGGACCUCAGCAUCGACCGCCGCCACCGGGGGCAGCCGACCCAGUAUGGUUAUCCACCUGAUCGUAGAUCCAUCCCAACAGGAAUCCCAAUCCAGACCAUUACUCCUCAGACACUACAAGGGAAAACGCCGGAGGAGCUGACCCUGCUGCUGAUCAAACUGCGACGGCAGCAGGCCGAGCUCACCAACAUCCGGGAGCACACGCUAGCGCAACUCAUGGAGCUAAACCUCGACACCGGCAACCCAAAGAACGACAUUUUGUCACACCACCUCCAAAGGAACCUCAUGUAUCUGGACGAGCAGAUGAAGGAAAAUGAUCCCUUAAUCCUCACCAUUCACACUAUGAUUGAGAACUCAGCCCCGAGGCCGACACUCUACCAGCAACAGAUGAGCCCAGAUGACUACAGAGAACAUGUCUAUAUGUACAGACCAGAGGAGCAUGACAUUGAUACCAAGUUGAGCAGGCUGUGUGAACAGGACAAGGUGGUUCGCACCCAAGAGGACAAGCUGCAGCAGCUCCACAGAGAGAAGCACACCCUAGAGACGGCGCUGCUGUCGGCUAGCCAGGAGAUUGAGAUGAACGCAGAGAAUCCGGCGGCCAUGCAGAGCGUCAUCCAGCAGAGGGACCUGCUCCAGAGUGGCCUGCUCAGCACCUGCCGGGAGCUGUCCCGCGUCAGCACCGAACUGGAGCGGUCGUGGAGAGACUACGACAUGCUGGAGGCAGACGUCACUAUAGCCAAGAGCAACCUACUGGAACAGCUCGAGGCACUGGGAAGCCCUCAGACUGAACCCCCCAGCCAGCAGCAUGUUCACAUUCAGAAGGAGCUGUGGAGGAUCCAGGACGUGAUGGAGGCCCUGAGCAAGAACAAGCCCCAGAGGAACACAGACGGUUCAGGCUACUUCACCUCCACGCCUAUCUCCAACCGUCAGAAGAGCGAGGAGGACCCGGUGCCCCCGCGGCCCCCCUUGCCAACGUCCUACAACCCCAGCGAGCGACCCCCAGUCGUGCCCCCCCUGCCUUCGCCGGGUGGCGUCCGCACCACGCCCCAUCGGCCCGAGGACCGUAAGGCGGCCCAGAGGAACGGAGCGCACACCGGCCCAGACUACCGGCUGUAUAAGAGUGAGCCGGAGCUGACCACCGUGGCUGAGGUGGACGAGAGUAACGGAGAGGACCGAUCUGAGCACGCUACAGAGAGAGACGCCUCCGGUGCCAGAGGCAUGUCCUACCCUGUUGGAAUAGUGCCUCCCAGAACCAAAUCACCCAUGCCUGAGUCCUCCUCUAUCGCCUCAUACGUGACCCUGAGGAAGAACAAGAAGCCCGACCCCAGAGCGGAGCGUCCGCGCAGCGCGGUGGAGCAGCUGUGUGCGGUAGAGACGGCGGCGCGGCCGCGCAUGAGCGUGGAGGAGCAGAUGGAGCGCAUCCGGCGGCACCAGCAGGGGGCGCUGCGGGAGAAGAAGAAGAGUCUGGCCGUGCUGGGAGGAGGAGGAGGAGGAGGAGGCACCGGCGGCCAGGAGAACUCGCCCUCACGCAGCCCCUCCUUCUCCAAAGAAAACCCCUUCCGGGCCAUGCAGCAAACUCCGUCCGCCCAGAGUCGUCGGAGGAAUGAGGGCUUCUGCUUUGACCUGCAGGAGCUGGAGGCUUCGCUGAGGGAGCAGGAGGUAGUGCAGGACCACGAGAGUCCAGCCGAGGAGAUCGCCCGACUCAAAGAGUCCGUGGAUACCGAGCACUUCAACAUGGACCGCGAGCUGUCCAAGCCAGAGAAGGUGGUGAUUCCAGAGCGCUACAUGGAGGCUGAGCCGGAGGAGGCCCUGAGUCCUGAGGAGGAGGCCGACAAGCGGAAAAAAGUGGACCGCAUCAAGGCCCUCAUCGCCAAAAACAGCAUGCAGAACAUGCUCCCAGGGACGGCUCUGAGCCCCGAGGAAGAGGCUGAGGAGGAGGCCACGGCCCAGACGCAGGAGAAGAUCAUCAACAUCUCCUACGAGCUGGCAGCAGAGGCCUCCAAACGCUCCAAACUGGUGGCCGCAAAAAGUCUCCCAUCCUCCCCCCAGUCCCCUGUGCCCCCUGCAUCACACAAUCCCCUGCAGCUCACUGACGGAACACACUUCAUGUGUGUGUAGUGCCCUAACCACACACAAGCCCUGGCCUCAGUGAAGACCUACACAUGAGACGUGGGGACUAGGAGAGUGACCCCAACAGCACAUGGUGUCCCGACCAGCCAGACUGCUACUCUCAAGGCUUUAAAUACUCCAAACAUUUCUGCACUGUGACAUCUCGUCCCCUCCCUCGUAUACAGCAAACACAUACACACCAAAAUAAACAGUUAAAUGCCAAUGUUCGCUACAAUGAGCUCAAAGGAUAGCUUGCAGAAGCAGGACUGCUUUGAGACUUGUUUUUAAAUAGUUUCAUUAUGUUCAGUUAAAUUAUUUUGUGAUUUAAAAAAAAAAAAGUAAAAAACAAGUUAGCUGUUUUAUUCAUUUUAAUCUCAUAUCUUUUACACUACACAGCACUGCGUUCUACAGUAUUUAAGUGCAUAAAACCCACAUUGUUUUAAUAUGUAAAGAUAUAUAUGAUAGGUAUAUCCAGUAGAUGAUUUACAAAUCCAUAAGGUGCCAAUUUAUUGCUGCAGUUGGAGAGAAUAUUUUUUUCCUUGGGUCGUAAUUAUUUAUAUGUCUGAUCGCGUGCAGUUCAUGUCACAGUUGCCGACACACACAUGAAUGUUCUGGCUUUAAAUAUACGUCAUGUCUUUUUUUUUUAAUGAUAUUUAAAUAGAAGAGUUUUCUGGGAUUCAGUUUAUUUUCCUGGUUGGUUUGGAAUCCUGGACUUAGAGAAGGGACUAGCACAUGUAAAAAAGCAAUAAGUAAAGUUUGUUAUUCCAGGAUUGAAGAGUAUUUUUUGUAUAAAAUGUAAUUAAAAGAGGAUCCUUGUGUAUAUAAUGUACACAGCGCAGUGGACAGAGCUGGUGUAUAGGAGACCAUUUACUGGAGUCAAUAUGCAAAUGUUCAUAUCUCAUCUGAUUUAUAUCAUGUUAAAUAAAUGUUGAUGUUCUUA